AUGCUUAGAGGGCAGCAGCAUUCGUACAGGAUGUGUGCUGCCAUCAGUUGUAGACGGCCAAAAUGUAUAUAUAGUUUUCUCUUGUUGCAAUAUGGCAGCAUCUCUCUUAUUCUUCGCAAAAUGAUAGUUCUAGCAUUGUUCUAAGUAGCCGUUGUUUACAUAUAUCAGCAGCUAAGUAUAUUUUUAUUGUUAUUAAAAUUUGUACUUUCAGUAAAAUUCUGAUAAAGAUGGGUCAAAAACGUAAAAAUCGGAAUGGAAAUGACGACUUUGAAUAUGAUCCAGCACCUAAACAUCUUCACGUUGCUCAUAUUAAAAACCAAGAGAAGCGUUUAAUUAUUAUUUUAGAGAAAGCUCAAUUAGAAUCGGUUAAGGUUGGAAAUAGUUUUGAGUUAUUGAAUUGUGAUGACCACAUUAGCAUAUUGAAAAAGAAUAAUCGUGAUCCUGGUACAUGUAGACCAGAUAUUGCUCAUCAAUGUUUAUUGAUGUUGAUGGAUAGUCCCCUAAAUCGAGCUGGACUUUUACAAGUUUACAUCCAUACAGAAAAGAAUGUAUUGAUAGAAGUAAAUCCACAAACCAGGAUACCAAGAACAUUUAAACGUUUUGCUGGUCUUAUGGUACAAUUAUUACAUAAAUUUAGUGUUCGUGCUAGUGAUGGUCCAAUGAAACUAUUGAAAGUAAUUAAAAAUCCAGUUACUGAUCAUCUGCCAAUUGGAUGUCGUAAAAUUGCAAUGUCAUUUAGUGCAAAUAAAGUGCAAAAUCCACGAGAAUUAGUUCCUCCUGAUGAACCAAUAGCCAUCACAGUAGGUGCAAUGGCACAUGGACAAGUAAAGCCAGAUUAUGUAGAAGAUGUAAUAUCUAUAAGUAAUUAUCCAUUAUCUGGUGCUUUAACAUGUAGCAAAUUAUGCUCUGCAUUUGAAGAAGUUUGGGGAAUAAUGUAAUAUCAAGUUAAUACACAUUAAUAUACAUAAUGUAUGUUAGUUUUAUUUAAUCCUGAAAUUUGUUAUUUUUGUAUUAUACACGUAAGUGAUACGUAAGUAAUUUUUGUAUAAUUAUAAAAUACUAAAUGAAAUGAAAAGAGAAUGACAUGUAAAUAUAAAUAAAGAUAUACAAAAUUCUAUUAUAUUUA